AUCCAAGCCCCCCGCUGUCCCUCGCCAUGGCCUCGAAAGCUUUCGGAAACGGGCUCAAGGAGCUGCGCUUCUUGUUCUGCCAGACUAGCGAACACAGCGCCGCGACCAGGAGUUUUCUCACACGGAGCUAUCCCGCCAUGAAGAAGGCCAACCCGUCCAUUCCCAUUAUGAUCCGAGAAGCCAGCGGCACCGAGCCCACCGUCUAUGCGAGAUUCGACUUUGGAAAGGAGAAGAAGCUGCCGCUCAAGGGCCUCGAAGACAAGGCCAUUGAACAACAAGUGUCGGAUCUGGUGCAGAAGGGCUCAUGAGCAGGGCUGGCGGCGAUGAAAUCGGAAUAAGCAUGAAUAGCGAGGAGUGAACUGUAGAGAAGGGAAUGAGUUUGUGUGUAGAUGCCAUGAUGCUCUCCCGAGUUCACCCAAAUAGCAAGACGUCAUUUUCGCUCU